UGAUGGACCUGAUCUACUGGAAGGACACAGAGCGGACAGGCAUGGUGCUAACAGGGUUAGUAGUUGGCCUGCUGUCCCUGUUCCAGCUCAGCAUCAUAACUGUGGUCUCCACAGUCUCCCUGGCUGUCAUGUGCUUCACCAUCUCAGUGCGCAUCUACUACCAACUCCUCCACAUCCUCAACUGGGGCGAUGGACAACACCCCUUCAAGUCAUACUUGGACCUGGACAUCAGUUUCAGUGGCGAGGAGGCCGAUCUCUAUAUGCAGAAAGCAAUCGUCAUGACUCUGUCUGCUGUCGAAUCUCUGAAGGGACUCUUUUUUGUUGGAUACCACUUUGAGUCACUCAAGCUCCUGGUUCUGUUGUACCUUUUGACGUUCCUGGGACACCUGUGCAAUGGCCUUACUUUGCUCAUCAUCAGUGUGAUCGCUGUCUUUUCUCUGCCACUUUUCUACAGACAACGCCAGGAGCAGGUGGACACCUACAUUGCAAAAAUCCAGGCCAACUUUGACAACAUCAAGGACACCUUUCAAAGACUUGCCCAUGGUGGUGGCCCUCCUCCUGACCCAACUCCCGGUGGCGCCAAACCCAAAGGCCAGUAAACGCUGAUGGACAAUAACUUAAAGAAAAGCUUCCCAGAGUUACAGGCUGUCACUCAGAUGUCUUACCCAGCAGUCAGUGCUCCAGAGAAACGGAGCUCCAGAGACUGGGGAAGGGAAGGGAGGUUACUUAAUAAAUGGACAAUGAUGAGGAUCACGCAUGGUACUUUAUACUCUAACUGUAUCUAAGUUAUGGGGUCAGAGGUUGGGGUUUUAGGUUAAAACUUAAUCAAGGUGUAUGAAUCCUGGAUGAGACUCUUGCUGCUGGCGUCAGAGGUGGAAAGAUUCAACGACACAGCUCGUCACACGUGACCAUCCUUGGAAAUACUGUUUUUAAUAUGUAAAAAUGACUCAAGAAGUGUCUUAGAUUGUUGAGAGCUAUAGUCCAAAUGAGGUACUAAGACCAGGAAGCUUCCACACCGACAGCUACUCACCAGAGAAAAAAGGGAAGUCAGUUGUUAAGGUGAUUUAAGUGAGGGGACAAAUACAGGGGUUCAUCAUUAUUCAUGGCAACAUAAAAAAAAUGGCAAUUAAGGAUGCAUGUGUCAGCGCAUUUACUUUUCUGGCUGCAUUUUCAUUCUCAUGACAGUUUAUCUGGAUGUAUGCAAGUGUGAGUGUGUUUGUGUGUGUGUGUGUAAUUCCAUACAGCUCGCUGAAAUGAAACCUAAAAGCAAUUAAAGUCACAUUUCUUAAUCUUUAUUUUUGCAAAACUUUCUGUUUCUUCUCGUCCACAUAUACUUUCACUCACACAGCUCAUUCGUUUGAGUUUUUAUUUUUUUUAUUUUAUUGCUGGUCAUAUUUUCUCAUGUUACUUCAUUGCCUUUAACACUGGGUGUUGCUUUUCCUCGUUCAUUGAUGUAAAUGGGAAGUUGAAAACAUAAUAUUCAGAGAGAUAGAGAUAGAUUUCUCUGCUACGAGUUCAAUAGUAAAGAUGUAUCAUAGAUGGAAUGAAAUCACUUGACAGGAAGCGGACAGGAAGCAUCGAAGGUGUCAGUGUUAAUUUUGGGAUGGAAUGUAUCGAUGAUACAAAAAGUGCUCUCAGAUAAAUCUCCUCUCCUUAAUGUGAUAUGAGGGAAUGUGGGCGUGAAAUACAGCAGGUGCCUUUCUAACUGCAGGUUAUAGUGCAUGAUCUGAUUCACAGUGCUUACAACUGCUGGCAACAGCUGACAGCAACUUCCCCCAUAACAAAUCACUUCUCAUUAUCGGACCAUUGCCUUCCUGAGAAUGGUGUUUUGUAUGUGUACACUACUUGUGUGAUAGUACAUGUGUGCCAUGACAAGGUAUCUUAUACAGAAUUGUAAGUAGAUCCAUUUUAGGAGUAAUAAAAGUAUUCAGGAUUCUCUGCAGCUCAAGUCCACAUUUCCCUUUAGCGCUUGCUUUUAAACCUCCCACCAAAAUGUGUCUGUUACUUUGCCUUAUUAUCGCAUAAAAUACCUGUGUGCUGCACUGAACGCAUUGUUAUGUUAACAGACAUGAUCCAUGAAACCCAGUCAUGAUGGCCAUUAGCCUUAGACAUCAUGUGCUGCUUAGUAUUGGACCUACAGUAGUUGCACACACACUGGCCUCCUGUAGCAGUUUCCUGUACUACUGCAAAUGUCUUUUAUUCCAAGAGAAACUUCAGCAAAGAGAAUGGCGAUAACAAUGAAAUUAAAGAUACUCAUUUCCUUACCUAUAUCCACACAGCUUGGCAUAUAAAAAAAA